AUGCAUCAUUCCAUAUCUAACAGAAUCAGCUCUAAAUCCCUCAUCAUCCUCGUCUUCAUCUUCAUCAUCAUCAUCAUCAUCCUCCUGCUUCAGUGUGAGCGUUUCUCCCGCCUCAGCUCCGUCCCCUCAUCCCGAGCGCCCCGUUGGCCUACAUAUGUGGCGUUCCUGCUGUCACACGCCUCUACCUGCUGUUCACCAUAUGAGACUCUCCGAGACGUUUCAGUCACAGAAGUGGAGCAAAGUGGAAAGUUCCAGAGGAGACCAGGGUCAUUUUCAAAGAGUUACACCUGCGACAGUUACACCAGAGACAGUAACAUCUGCGACAAUUACACCAAAGACAGUUACAUCCGAUACAGUCACACCAACAUCAGUUACACCUGCGACAGUAACACCAGCGACAGCUACACCAUGACCAGAGAGAGUUACACCUGCAACAGUAACACCAGAGACAGUAACACCAGAGACAGUAACACCGGAGACAGUAACACCAGUGACAGUAACACCGGAGACAGUAACACCAGUGACAGUAACACCAGUGACAGUAACACCAGAGACAGUAACGCCAGUGACAGUAACACCAGUGACAGUAACACCAGAGACAGUAACGCCAGUGACAGUAACACCAGAGACAGUAACACCAGUGACAGUUACGCCUGCGACAAUAACACCAGUGACAGUUACACCAGUGACAGUAACACCAGUGACACUAACACCAGUGACAGUUACACCAGUGACAGUAACACCAGUGACAGUAACACCAGUGACAGUUACACCAGAGACAGUAACACCAGAGACAGUUACACCAGAGACAGUUACACCAGCGACAGCUGA